AUGGCGGAGUUUCUAAACAAAAUAAAAAGGUUAGGUAGGAAGAACAAAAAUGAGAGAAACAGUGUAUAUUCGGUGGUGUCGUGCAGUGACCUGACGCCGGGCAGCUUGGAGGUGUGGGUGGACCUUCCAGACGAGAUCAAGUACGACCCAUCGUUGGCUCCCUUCAAGCAAUUGUAUGAGCAACACCAUGGCAAAUUGGAUACAAGGGAUAGUAACACGGAAGGGGAAAAAACUGUUUUUAAUAGAGGAACGGUGGAAAAUACUAUACCAGUUGAAAACAAUACGGGAAAUGACUUCAUCGUUAAGGAUAACGAGAAUCGACUGAAAGAAACAACAAAACCAGAAGAUGAAAAGGAAACGAGAACAGCGACGAAGAAAAAGAUAGACCGAGCGCUGCGUGUUUUCAAGCUGACAGCAUUGGUGGCAUGCUGGUUGCUCGUGACAGUCUCGCUUCUCCUCAACAUGGAAACAAGCGACGUGGUACUGCACACUGCGGUAGAGGCUGGCGAUAUUAAAGAGUACCAACUAAAUCCCACUUCAGUGAAGAUUAAAGUACUUAUUACACUGACGGGACCGUUCGAAGAAGCUACGACCAACAACACAAUGAAUUUACUCCAUUUAUGGCUGCGUAAGAGCUCCAGGAAUGAGAGUACUGAAUUUGAACAGAAUUCCACCAUCUGGAUGGUACCCUUGAAGGCCGAUGACGUAAUGGAUUUCGCACCAAGUGUGUCAGACAGUAAAAUAUUAGAGUUCGAACAAAAGAACUUUGCUCCAUUUAACGCGAACGAUACGCACGAGCUGAACUUAACAGGGCUCCUGCUGAAAGGCCAAGUCUCGAAUGACCUUGAGACAGACAUGUUUGGAAACGAUACAGAAAUCACUCUGUGCUUGUCGACUACAAGCAACAACACAGUUCCAAUCACAGUGAGCUACCACUUGGACCCGAUCUCCGAGGAAGAUGGCAUCAUCUACGCAUCGCUCUUGCUGCUUUCGCUGUACAUAUUGAUUAUAUUCGAGAUAGUGAACCGCACGAUAGCAGCGCUUCUAUCGUCGUCCUUGGGUAUCGCUGUACUCGCUUUGGGCGGGGCUCGGCCAUCGUUGCCCGAGCUGGUCUCCUGGCUCGACGUGGAGACUCUACUGUUGCUGUUCAGUAUGAUGGUGCUCGUCGCGAUCCUCGCGGAGACCGGCCUGUUUGAUUACUUAGCUGUUAUCGCUUUUGAGGUGACAGGGGGAAGAACUUGGCCUCUGAUUAACUGCUUGUGUUUUUUCACUGCAUUCUUCUCUACCUUCCUAGACAAUGUCACGACUGUGCUUUUAAUGACACCAGUGACUAUAAGGCUCUGCGAGGUAAUGCAGCUUAACCCAGUGCCGGUGCUGAUGUCAAUGGUGAUAUUUAGCAAUGUGGGUGGCGCAGCUACUCCCGUUGGUGAUCCACCCAACGUCAUUAUUGCCAGUCACCCAUCUGUCUUACAAGCGAAUAUCAAUUUCACAACGUUCACUCUUCACAUGGGGCUUGGAAUACUUCUGGUGGCGGCCCAAACGUACCUGCAGCUGCGAUACAUAUUCCGAGAUAUUAACACGCUCAGACACACUGUGCCUAGAGAUAUACAGGAAAUGCGCCAAGAAAUUGCAGUGUGGCGUCGUGCAGCUGCUUCCUUAGCUUCGUACUCGAGGGACGAAGACAUCGUAAGGAGAGCCUUAGAGAAAAAGGUGCAGAAACUGCACGUAACAUUGUUGAAGAGGGAAGCGGGCGGGGGUAAAUCAAAAUCUGAUCCACAUUUCUGUUCUACGCUAGCGCAUAUGAAACAAAAAUACCGCAUCAGAGACAAGCAGCUGUUGGUGAAGUCAGUGGUAUGCGUCGCUUUUGUUGUUAUCGUGUUCUUUCUUCACGCAAUACCGGAACUGCAACGGCUCUCGCUGGGUUGGACGGCAUUACUUGGCGCAAUUUUACUCCUGCUUUUGGCAGAGCGGGAUGACCUCGAACCGAUCCUGGCGAGAGUAGAAUGGUCCACUUUGCUGUUCUUUGCCGCGUUGUUUGUACUGAUGGAGGUACUUUCGAAACUGGGCCUCAUAUCUUGGAUUGGAAGGAUUACAGAAUCACUCAUACUGAAAGUCGGUGAGGAAUCACGGCUGACCGUCGCAAUCAUGCUUAUUUUGUGGGUGUCGGGUAUCUCGUCGGCGUUCGUGGACAACAUCCCGCUGACGACGAUGAUGGUGCGCGUGACGGCGGCGCUGGCGGCGCCGGGCGGGCUGGCCCUGCCGCUGGCGCCGCUCGCCUGGGCGCUCAGCUUCGGCGCCUGCCUCGGAGGUAACGGUACACUAAUCGGAGCCAGUGCUAACGUGGUCUGCGCAGGAGUUGCAGAACAACACGGCUACAGGUUCACCUUUAUGGAAUACCUGAAGAUCGGCUUCCCAGUUAUGUUAGGAAACCUUGUUGUUGCAUCGGCCUAUCUUUUAUUUUGUCAUAGCAUAUUUAACUGGCAUUGA